AGAGAGAGAGAGAGAGCGCGUGAUUUGUUAGCGGUUAGUUAAGAGGGUGGGUAUUUAAAUUAUUAGUCUCGCUCGCUCGCUAAUUCUCUCUCGCAUUGGAAGUAUCGGAAGACAAGCAAACGCUUUCUAAAAACCCACAUAACCUUUGGGGUUUCUCAGAUUUCUCAGACCAACACCUCUUGGAUCUCAUCGCCCACUUUCCCCACCCCUACAAAUCUAACCCCAUUCGCCUUCAGAUCCCAUUCCCAAAAAUUUCACACCUUUUGCCUUCCCCCAUUUCCAAUUCUUCCGUCUCUGUGGCAAACAAGCUUGCUAGCUUUUCUUUGCUUUGCUUCACAUAACGAACACUCCAAUGGCUUCCUUCACAGUCCCGUGCCCCAAAGCAUGCUCUGCCCCCAUGGCUCGCCUUGGCUCUACUGCCCAAACUUCGCACCCGCAGCAGCACCUGCUUUCCUUUCACAAGUGUCUCAAUCGCUGUCCCAUUCCCUCUCUGCAGAUUUCUGGGCUUCAGAGCCCCAUCAGGAAGCAAUCUGCUGCCUGGAAGGUGCAGGCACAGCUUAGUGAGGUAACUGAGAAAUCGUCGAAUUCUGCACCCAUAAAUAACACCAAGUCUGAAGAUGGAUCACUGGAAGGGAAAGAUGAGUCUACUGAAAAGCGUUCCAGCAAUAUUCCAGAUGCAUCAUCAAUAUCAGCAUUCAUGGCUCAAGUAUCAGACCUGGUUAAGUUAGUGGAUUCAAGAGAUAUUGUGGAGCUCCAAAUGAAGCAACUAGAUUUAGAGCUAGUGAUAAGAAAGAAAGAAGCCUUGGAGAAGCCAGCACCACAAGCUCCUAUGGCUCCACUACCAGCACAUUAUCCUUAUGCCAUGCUACCACCUCAACAAGCGGCAGCCCCAGCAACAGCUCCUGCUCCAGCAAGCCCUCCAGCAGCAGCAGCACCUGCAUUACCCGCCCCUGCAAAGGCUAGCACAUCUUCUCACCCUCCACUGAAAUGUCCCAUGGCUGGAACCUUUUACCGUAGUCCUGCACCUGGUGAACCAUCUUUUGUUAAGGUAGGGGAUAAAGUUCAGAAAGGUCAAGUCAUUUGCAUCAUUGAAGCCAUGAAGUUGAUGAAUGAAAUUGAGGCUGAUCAAUCUGGGACAGUAACUGAGAUACUGGCAGAAGAUGCAAAACCAGUGAGUGUAGACACGCCUCUUUUUGUCAUCGUACCAUGAGCAACUUGGGGAAGAAUUUUUUGAAGGAUUUUGGUGAUAGACACUCUUUGAAGAUGUUUUAUUCUCGAAGGACACUUUUUGAUACUAUUUAUGUUCCCUUGUAACUUAAAUUUUAAUAAUGUUUGUUUCGAUUCUGGAAAACCCUCGCUAUUCACAUUUUUAGAGUUUUAGGACAUUGCAUGGUUCUCAAAGAUGACAGGCAAUGAGC